GGCAUGGAGUUUGAGGAGUCCGGAAUCGGUGAGGAGUGCGGGGUUUUUGGGUGCGUGGCCGCCGGAGAGUGGCCCACACAGCUGGAGGUGGCUCAGGUCUUAACUCUGGGACUGGUGGCGCUACAGCACAGGGGUCAGGAAAGUGCCGGGAUUGUCACGAGUAACGGAGCCAGUCCACCCACGUACACAGCCCACAAGGGAAUGGGAUUAGUGAGCACUGCCUUCCCGCCCGAGGCUCUCCUGAAACUGCGCUAUGGUAACCUUGGCAUUUGUCACACACGCUAUUCAACCACUGGCAUCUCAGAGCUGCAGAACUGCCAGCCCUUUGUGGUGGAUACGCUGCAUGGCAAGAUCGCUGUGGCGCACAAUGGAGAGCUUGUUAAUGCACAUGCCUUGAGGAAAAAGGUAAUGCGCCAUGGUGUCGGCCUUUCCACCAGCUCAGACAGCGAGCUCAUCACCCAGCUGCUUGCGUUGACUCCACCUAUGGAGGAGCUGGAUGCACCAGACUGGGUUGCCAGAAUUAAAAACCUCAUGACUGAGACCCCAACAUCGUACUCACUGUUGGUGAUGUUCAAAGAUGUUAUCUACGCGGUGCGUGACCCUUAUGGGAACCGACCCCUCUGCAUUGGACGACUUGUUCCUAUCUCGAAACUGCACAGUUCAGGUGCUGGAGAGGAGGACACUGAGGGGUGGGUUGUGUCAUCAGAGUCCUGCAGUUUUCAGUCCAUCGGUGCCAAGUAUUACAGAGAGGUCUUACCAGGAGAGAUAGUCCAGAUAUCCAAACAUGGGGUCAAGUCUCUGAGUGUUGUGCCCCGGCCUGAGGGAGACCUCCCUGCCUUCUGCAUAUUUGAAUAUGUUUAUUUUGCCAGACCAGACUCUAUUUUUGAAGGACAGAUGGUCUAUACUGUCAGGCAGCGCUGUGGUAGGCAGUUAGCCAUCGAGGCUCCAACAGACGCAGACGUAGUCAGCACUGUGCCAGAGUCUGCAACCCCUGCUGCACUGGGCUACGCUCAGCAGUCUGGGCUGCCGUACAUAGAGGUUUUGUGUAAGAACCGCUACGUUGGGAGAACAUUUAUUCAGCCAAAUACCCGUUUGAGGCAGCUCGGAGUUGCCAAGAAGUUUGGGGCACUGACAGACAAUUUCGCUGGGAAACGAGUGGUGCUAAUUGAUGACUCCAUUGUCAGAGGCAACACCAUCUCCCCCAUUAUAAAACUGCUCAAGGAAGCUGGUGCAACACAGGUCCAUAUCAGAGUGGCCUCUCCACCAAUCAGGUUCCCUUGUUACAUGGGCAUCAAUAUUCCAACCAAGGAAGAGCUCAUCGCCAACAAGCCAGAGUUUCAGGACAUUGCUGGAUACAUUGGUGCGGACAGUGUUCAGUACCUGACUGUGGAGGGCCUGGUGUCAGCUGUCCAGGAGGGAAUCGCCUCUCUCCACGAGAAGGACAAGAUGAUCAGCUCCAGUAACAAGUCCGGCAAGAGAGUGGGCCACUGUACUGCCUGCCUGACUGGGAAAUAUCCAGUGGAGCUGGAGUGGUGACUGCUGUACCAACACCAUGACCAGCCAUAGUUCGAUCAUCACUGUGGAUUCACUACAAGCUCUCACAUGUUAAUGAAAUGUUCCUUAUAGACUGGAUAAGAAACGGUCUGACAUUUCAGUGUGUGGUAGUUACACUAUUACAGGCCUUUUCUGCAAAGGCUCAUUCUCUUGCUUAGAUCCUUACAGCAGUAUAAAAGGUUGCCUUUGAUGACCUCCGGGGGUUGUAGUCUAACCUUGCUGCAGUGAUAUAAGUCUGUUUACUAUCAGUUUUUUUUUUUUGUAAGAUUUCUAUGUAUUUUCAGAAGUAUUAAAACUAGUUUUGCAAGUUUUCACAUUCCAAGCCUUAAACAUGAGCUUUAGUUUGAAUUUGCCAUGUCAGAAAAGCGCACAAAGCUGGUGACCAAAAAGCUAAAUCGUCUUUAUUUUCCUAAUCAAGUUUACUUUUCUACCAUUAUCUAAAAUUAACCACUACGUUGUUUUGCUUGGGGUCCGACUGGUGGAAAUUUUGUUUUGUAAACUUUACGCAUUACAUGAAUAUAACGGAAAAGUUCAAUAAUAAACAGAAUAACUGCAAUGAGAA